AUGGGGGAGCCAGAGCGCAAGUCUAUCGACGAGGAGAGCGGCGGCGAGAAGUCCGUGGAGAAGCACGAUGACUCGCAGUACCCUCCCACGAAGAAAGUGAUUCCGAUAAUGAUAGCGUUGUACCUGGUGGUAUUUCUCAUAGCCCUGGACCGAACAAUCAUCGCCACAGCCAUCCCAAGGAUUACAGAUCAGUUCCAUUCCAUCGAUGAUAUCGGCUGGUAUGGCAGCAGUUACCUGCUCACCGGGUGCUCAUUCAUGCUGCUAUUUGGCAAGAUUUACUCUCUUUAUUCGCCAAAAUGGGUCUAUCUAGCCGCAAUCGUCAUCUUCGAGAUCGGGUCUGCCGUGUGCGGAGCGGCCCCUAACUCGACUGCUUUCAUCAUCGGACGUGCCAUCGCAGGUCUUGGUUCAGCCGGCGCCUUCUCGGGAACAGUGAUCAUCAUCGUCCACGCCGUACCUCUCCGCAAACGCCCUGCAUACACUGGUAUGAUGGGUGGGAUGUUUGGAAUCGCCUCCGUCGCUGGUCCCUUACUUGGUGGCCUAUUCACGGAUAAAGUCUCUUGGAGAUGGUGCUUCUAUAUCAACCUACCCAUCGGAGCUGUUACCUUGCUCAUCGUCACAUUUCUCCUUCACGUCAAUAUUCCUGGAAAGAGCGUCAAGGGCUUGACAGUGUACCAGCAGUUCCUCAAACUCGACCCCCUGGGCACCCUAUGCUUCAUGCCAAGCGUCAUCUGCCUGCUCCUCGCGCUGCAGUGGGGAGGCACCACGUAUUCUUGGGGAAAUGGGAGAAUAAUCGGCCUAUUUGUUGUCUUUGCCAUCCUUUUGAUCGCCUUCAUUAUAAUUCAGAUCUGGCGCAAGGAGGAUGCCACUGUCCCACCCCGCAUAUUCGUCCAACGGAGUGUCCUUUCGGCUUUCUGGUUCACGAUAUGUAUCGGGUCCUCGAUGAUGACAAUAAUCUACUAUCUUCCCCUCUGGUUCCAGGCUAUCAAAGGUGUGAGUGCUGUUAAAUCUGGAAUCAUGAACCUCCCCAUGAUCUUAUCCCUCGUCAUAGGGGUUAUUAUGAGUGGAGGCUUGGUGACGGCGAUUGGCUAUUAUGCCCCCUUCAUGAUCGCUUGCUGUAUUCUCUCGUCCGUGGGUGCCGGCCUCCUGACAACCUUCAUGCCAGACACUGGCCACGCCAAAUGGAUCGGCUACCAAGUUAUCUACGGCCUCGGGCUGGGGAUGGGUAUGCAACAAGGGUCGGUCGCGUGUCAGACUGUGCUCUCCAAGGCUGAUGUGCCCGUCGGCUCUUCGUUGAUUUUCUUCGCCCAACAGCUUGGCGGCACCGUCUUCAUCGCCGUCGCCCAGAAUAUCUUCACCAACAAGCUUACUUCAGGACUCCAGCAUAUCCCCGGUCUCAACCCGGGCAUGCUUGCGCAAGUCGGUGCGACCACGAUCCGCGACCUGGUCAAAGACCCAGAAGUGCUCAGGGAGGUAUUGAAGGUAUAUAACGUUGCGGUGGUGAAUACGUACUACAUUGCAGUGGCAAUGUCGUGUGCUGCCAUCGUGGGUGCACUGACUAUCGAGUGGAAGAGCGUGAAGGGAGAGGAGAAGAAAUAA